AUGCCGUCAAGACGACCUCUCGCCCGAGCGGCACCCCCACAGCCGCCUCCGGUCCCCGUAUCUCCUGAACCAGACUCCUCCGAAGAGGAAGAGGAGGAGGAAGAGGAGGACGAAGAAGACGACGAAGAGGACGACGAGGACGACUAUCUAGACUACGCUCCAAACCCGGCAGACAGACGCUUCUGGCCAACUCCGCCAACCCAGGGUCCAGCCUCGUCUGCUCCGUCGUUCAACCCUUAUCCUCCGCACCAACACCCUCCAGCACCCCCAUCCUUCCCGCAGCCGCAACAUGCUAAUGCUGCUCAUCCUGGAGUACCUUCAAAUCAGCUUGUUCAAUUGGGAUCCAUGGGCCAUCAGAACCCUAUAGGAGGACACAUGGGUCAAUACUCGCAUCAGCAAUUCCCCUACGGGGGGCACUAUCCGCCUCCCCCGCAGGGGCACCAUCAACAACUCCCUCACGGAUACUACACCGGUCCAGAUGGACUGCCACACCCCCAUCAUCCGCAUGCCGGUCAGCGCAUGCCACUUCAUCACCCACACCACCCACCGCAUCACCCGCAUGGACACCUUCCCCGGCACCGUUCACGCAGCGGCUCCCCAGACGAUGAAGAGGACUCGCCAAAGCCCACCAUGGCUCACCCAGUCAUGAGCCACCCACCGUCGUUUCCCGGCACACCGCCUUAUAUGUCUCCGGAAAUGGUACCGUACGGCUAUCCACACGCUCUUCCCCACCACCCUAUGCUACCCGGAGCCGGACACCCACAUGCUCAGGCCCAGGCUCAAGCACAGGCUGCUGCUGCGGCGGCUGCUUACUACCAAUAUAUCCAGCGGUACCCUCAUAUACCUCCGUCUAUGUUCCCGCCUCCGCCAUUCUUCCAAAUUCAGGGUCGUGAACCGAGUCCGGCUAAGAAAGAGAAGAGUCGGAGUCCGUCUCCGCCCAAAUCGCCACCACCUCCUCCUCCGCCGCCUCCAGCUCCCGCUGAGCCCCCACCCCCGGAUCCAAAGGAUGAAGCAAUCGCUCGACUUGAGAAGUUGAUCAUUGAAGAACGAAAAGAACGGGAAGAGCGCGAUGCCGCUCGCGAAGCUGCCAUCAAGAAAGCAGCCGCUGACAAGGCAGCCGCUGAAGCUCUAGCGGCCAAAGAGAAGAAGAUUGCUGCUGAUGCUGCCGCUGCCGCCACCGCUGCUGCAAAGGAAGAAGCUAGAAUUGAAGCAGAAAAGGCCGCUGCCGCUGCCGCCGCUAAAGCUAAAAAGGACGCUGAAGAAGCUGCUGCUGCUGCAAAGAAGGAGGCCGAGGAGGCUGCUGCCAUUGCUCUGGCGGAGGCCACAGCCGCUGCCACUGCUGCAGGAGAUGCCAAGGCUGCGGAAGCCGCAGCAGCAGCAACAGAGGCUGCCCUGAAAAAGCCACCGCCGCCAAAGAAGCCCGUUCAAUUCAAAGAUGCUAUAGGCAGGAAAUUCAAGUUCCCCUUUGCCCUAUGCAAAACAUGGCAGGGAAUGGAAGAGCUCAUCCGCCAGGCCUUCCUGCAUGUUGACUUGAUCGGUGAACAUGUCCUGAAUGGGCAUUACGAUCUAGUCGGUCCCAAUGGAGACAUUAUCCUCCCACAAGUCUGGGACACUGUUGUCGAGCCCGACUGGUCAGUUAGCAUGCAUAUGUGGCCUAUACCUGAGAAACCCAAGGAGCCGGAACCCGCACCACCACCUCCUCCUCCUCCAGAGGAAGAACCCCCCGUUGCGGUAGUGGAUGUUCCAGCACCUCCACCACCUCCACCUGCACCGAAGAAGGUGGUACGUCCUGGCGCACCGGGAGGGUUCGCCAAAUGGAUGACAGGAGGAAAAGUCAAGCCUAGACCAAACCCGAAGGCUGCUAAGAAGGCUGACGCUGGUGGUACGCCUCCUCCACCUCCACCACCGCCUCCUCCGCCAUAAACAAUGAUCUGCCCUCCCUCAACAAUCGCAACAUCUGAUCUGAUAUACCACAAUGUCAGAUCGUCCAGCGAGGAUAGCAUCAUAAAAACGAAAACAAAAAAAAAAAGAAAGAAAGAAAGAAAGAAACAUCACUGGCGGUGGCAUUUUGCUUUUUAUCUUAUCUACAUCUCAAUUUUUCAUUUACACUCAUUUUUUGGCCCCUUCUGAUUAAGUUUAUUGAGCGUGUUGAUAUUUGACUUUUGUGCCUGUUCCUGACCCUGAUUUCCAACCAUUUAUUAGCCUUUUCACUUUUGAUUUUACCUUUUACAACGCUUUUCUUCUCCUUUCCCUUGAUAUCCGGCGGCUUGAUGCGAAAAACGACAUAUAGAUUUCUGGUUGUUCGACACUUCUCUUUUUUUCCCUUCUUGAUUAUGCCCUUCACUUCGCUUACUUUUACCCAUCCCCAACCAUCCCCAACACUCUUUUAUCACCCCCCCCGAUCCGAGGUUUCAGGUUCAUGUUGAGGAUGGCAUGUAUGAUUAAUGGCGGGAGUUGUGUGCAGACAGAGAGCGUGGUAGGAGGAGCAGGAGAAAGAGGAGGAAGCGGAAAUCCACGACAUGACGAUGAAUGAUAAUGACGGUGGACGCAAGGAGAUGAGAAGAAGGUGGGAAUGGAAGCAGAAAUGCGAGGAGAGGUGAGAGAUGGGUGGGCUGGUUUCUGUUCUUCAAUUCUCCCUUGUGCCUAGGGAUGCCACUCGCUCACCUUGCCUCAUAUUUACUUUUGAUUUCCCGCCAGAUGUAAUACCCAUACCCAUAUCCAUACCCAUAUUUUUAUAUGCAUUUUAUUUUUAAGUAACUAAUUGAUUAUCUUCUUGACUUUAACAACCACUACUACUUCCAAGCUUUUGUCUCUCUUAUAAAUCACAUCCCACAUGCGAGAUGAAAUCCCGUCACUUACCUAGGCUCCCUGGUGCUGAAAUCCUAACCUUACGCGCUCCCUUGCCAGUUUUGCCCUUGCCUUGCCCUGACAGACCCUGAUAGACCUGUCUAAAGUUCACCUGCCUAGCCUUCCCUGGCAUGUUCUGCCCUGUUCUACUUUGGUUCUAGCCCUGGAGGGAGAGAGCAAGAGCAACAAUGAGCAGGGUUGGAACAGGGAGUGUUGCAACCGGAUGGCAUGAGGUGUUUCGCCUAUAUAUACCAGUGACCAGCGUGAAGACCGGGGUAUACAAGUAUCAAGCAAGCAAACAAGCCGUUAGCUGCUCAUCUUGUCUUCGGCUCUUUCGUAUGCGCAUACGAAGCUGGCAACCGUUGAAUGAACGCCGUAGUGUAAGUAUAUCCCAUGUGGAGCAUGGUUAAGUCUACCGUGGAACGCCAAAAUAACUCAAAAGCUUGGGAGCUUGUCGACCAUGUAAGCUCUUGAACCGAAUUGGCCAUGCAUAAGCGCAUAGAUAAGCACCUAUCCACCCAGUCAAUCUGUAAUAGCCGACAUCUGCCUGUAGAUACCCGACUCACUCACAUGGGACGUCCCAACUCAGCCUUACCUUUUACGCAAAGGUUCGUCCCGCCCGUUCAUUUCCGAUGGCAGAGAGGCGAUGGCAAAAGAGUGUAUGGAGCCGUCCGUAUAAGAAGUAUCAAAUUGGCACGGCUGGUGGAUGGCUCGACCCUUCUGAUCCAACGGUCUCAGAGUCCAAACUUGGCAGCGGAUCGAAGACUCGCCCUC